GUUAGCUAUAUGGUACUGCUCUACACAUAGUCUGAAGACUAUCAGUCACGUCAGACCCCUUGAAGCAGUCGUCAGACUGACUUGCAUUGACUGCAAUAAAGUGCAUUGCAUUUUAUCAUUAUUGCUUUAAUAUUUGCUGAACACCAACCGAAUCAGAUCAGAUAAGCUGUGCAAGCGUCUGUCGAAAAAGUCCAAAGUGGAAAUCAAAGAUGCUGAGCGGAACUGCAUCUAGUUCUCAGCACCAGCUGACCGAUCGAACCGAUCGCGACUACAGUGAAAAUUUACCGAACGUACGUAAUAUGAUCGUACCACGACUACGCGCUGGUUGUACCCUAGCAACGGUUCGGCGACGAAUUCACGUCCUGCAAUGGUUGCCUAAGUACCAGGUCAACGACCUGCUGUCCGAUAUAAUCGCUGGAUUAACGGUCACUCUAACAGCCAUUCCACAAAGUAUCGCCUACGGAAUCCUAGCGAAUCUUCAACCGCAGGAUGGAAUCUACUCCAACAUGGUCGGUUGUUUAAUGUACUUUCUGUUCGGUAGUGUGAAGGAUGUGACCGUGGCCCCAACCUCUAUCAUGGCCAUUAUGAUCCAGGGUGUGGUGCUACAGCUUGGUCCUGGAACUGCACUAUUGACACUGUUAGCCGGUGCGAUCACGUUCCUAUUUGGAGUCUUCAAUAUGGGCUUCCUCAUCCGGUUCAUAUCGAUACCGGUUAUUACUGGAUUUACGACGGCUGCGUGCCUGACUAUCGGCAGUUCUCAGCUGCGUUCGCUGUUCGGUAUCAGCAGUCCCGGAAAAAGUAGUGAUUUUAUUGAUGCUUGGGAAAAUGUGAUACAUAACAUCGGCCAAAUCAGGCUAUGGGAUUCGGUGCUUGGAUUCAGUUCGAUCACAUUUUUGGUUGUUUUAAGAUUGACCAAAGAUUUUGGCCAAGGAAAAUGGAAAACAGUUUUCAAGUAUCUCUCGCUUUUACGCAACGCAAUGAUAGUGAUCAUAGGUGCUUCCUUAGCUUACGGGUUUGCUCAAGAUGGAUUGCAACCGUUCAAACUAACCGGACAUGUUGACUCCGGAGUUCCUCCAUUUCACCUUCCUCCAUUCUCGAUCACUAAUAACGGAACAUUUUACUCUUUUUCGGACAUGAUUUCUACAAUGGGAACCACUAUUAUUACGAUUCCGCUUGUUUCAACACUGGAAAUUAUUUCCAUUGGCAAAGCGUUCUCCGGUACCAAGAUUGUGGACGCAACCCAGGAAAUGAUCGCUCUCGGAAUGUGCAAUAUGGUAGUUUCAUUCGUGUCACCCUUACCGGUGGCAGGAUCAUUCACUCGAACCGCUAUCAACAACAGCAGUGGAGUUAGAACCUCUCUUGGUUGCGCCGUAUCUUCCGUACUACUACUGAUAUCUCUAGCUCUUCUGGCGGAUGCAUUUUACUACAUUCCAAAAGCUACUCUUGCAGCGGUGAUCAUCUCUGCCAUGAUAUUCAUGGUGGAUUACCGAGGAAUUGGUGAAAUUUGGCGCGUUAAAAAAUUGGACAUAAUUCCUUUGGUCGGAACUGUUAUUGCUUGUAUUUUCCUUGGCUUAGACUACGGGAUAUUGGUGGGGAUCGGAAUCAACUGUUCCUUUUUGUUGUACCUAAUGGCUGUACCAAAGAUUGCAACACAACCUCGACGGGUGGAUGGCGUCAGCGUAUUGCUAGUGAAAACGUUGCAAGAUUUACCCUUCGCCUCAGCUGAGUACUUGCGGGAUCGGAUUGUACGGGCUGUGACAGAGACGUAUGCGACCCCAAUCGAGCUUUUGGUGGUUGAUGGCAGUGGAGUGAACUUUGUGGAUACAACUUUAACUAAAAACUUAGCCAGUUUGGAAAGUGAUAUGCACUCAAGGAAGGUGGGAUUUGUACUGUGGAAUUGGAACAGAAGCACAGCUAGUGCUUUAUUGAGAUUGAAUGAGAGUUUCCGGACACUUUUCAGCAAUGAUCAAGAUAUUUCAGAGGUCGUUAAAAGUUGGAAAGUAAUUCAGAUGAAAGUGGCAUGAGAGAGUGUGUUAGUGCUGUUAUUGAUCAUGGUGCUUCUACAAUGUACAUUCUCAUUGUAACGUUAGUAUUGUUAUUUUUUUUAUUAUGAUGUGUCAAUAUAGACGAACAGAUAUUUUACGGGUUUUACGACUGAUUCAUGAAACAAGUUAUAAUUUCAACUGAAGCAAUCAUUUUCUAAUAAAUUAGGUUUUUAAUUUAUAAGUAACGAAUGGAGGUAUAAUGUACUGAGGAAACUCCUACAAUCGCUUAUAUUAACUAUUUCAAUAUUGAUUUAUUAUUUAUUCAGAACUGAUAGCAAUCCGAAAGAAUAAACACUCAUACUUCCCGUAUUUCAUUGACCCAAGAUUAACUCAAAAGCAAAACUCCAGUCAAAUCAUGUUUUUGCAUAAAAAAUUCGUGCUCGAUCGAAAUACAGAAUGAAAAUUUCACACCCGAACGAAAAACAGAAUCUAGACUAUCUCAUCUCCAAGAAUUUCAUCAAGUCCGGCUUCUCGUACUAAAACUAAUCUCGGAUAAUUAUUAUAGUUCAGUUAACCAUAGUGCUGUUGACAGUAUCGUCUGUCUUCUAACAUUAGAUCUUUUGAUCCAAUUGAUUUCAGAUGAAUACUAUUUUUGUAUCACUGUCGAUUUACUUUGCCACGAUUUCGCUAAUAUUUUCUUCUGAAUUUUCAAUUGAGCCUUGGUCUAUUAGGAUGAUUGUGAUUAGCUAUUUUACUUUCAAACAAACAGAUAACAUUGGGAUAUGUGUUCUUUAC